AUGCUUAUGAUAUUGCCAAGUAGUAGUCAUUUUCGACCAGUUAACCAGAAGGAAAUUUGGUAUGCUGAAACCAGACAAGUUUUUUGUACCAGGUUUUAUUAAUUUUGAAAAUAUAAAUCUAGUUUGUAAGAAGGUGUUUUUUGCAUGAGAAGUUUGUUUUUUUAAUAUUUAGACUUCUCAUUUUCACUUAAUCCCCCAAAUUUAUUUUUUUAAAGCUUCGAAGUAUGUAUCAACCAGCACAUUCACUAUCCUCUUUGUGCUUUAUCUCUGAUAAUCCUUGUAAGAGCACCACGAGUUAGGUACUGUUUUAUGCCCAUUUUACGGAAAUAGAAUCUUAGGGUGCACAUUUAAGUAGCUCUUUCAGGUUUAACCAGUUGGAAAGUGACAAAAUCUAGGUAUGUCAGAUUCCAGAGAUUGCACACACAAAUACUAUAUCACACUGCUUACUGCUGUGAGUUUGGCAGAGAAUUCCUUGUUUAUAUGGAAAUCACAAAACUGAUAAUAUCCAGGAUAAUUGGCAGCAGUUUAUAAACCCUCUUUACCGCUACUUUGGUGAUUUUGUGUGCGGUCACCUGUCCACUAAUCUAAUCGGAUCUUAGGCUGGUCACACUUCUGAAUUUGCACACCAAGUUUGUGUGUAAGGGUACUUCUCCAGGGGAAAAUAUCUGUAGAUUUCAUCAAAUUUUCCAAAGAGGGUUAGGCCCGCUACUCAGCGUUCCCUGGAAGGUGAGAGAAUGCCAUGUAGCCUACACCCUUCUCCACCUGAACAACUUCAUACAGUUGGCUAUGGGUUUACAAAUGAUGGGCAGGUAGGACAACUAGGAAAGUGUAUGUGCUCAUUAAUACAUACUUCUCCUUUAAGCCUGAAAAGAUGAACUUGUGGAAUUACAAAAAUUGGCAUUCUAAAUAUUUACGUAUUAAUAUUUAGAAUUAUAGAUCUUUUAGUCGGGAUGGUGGCAUAAGGAAGGUCAGUCUGUUCUCAAACUAAGCUGGAGGCAUAAGGGAUUUGUUUAACCUAGUGGUGUGAACCUACAGGAAGUCGUGAUGGUAGCGUGAGUCAUCACUUAGAUAAAGUGAGAUUUAUAGAUCACAGAACAUGAUAUAGAUUCUAGAUAUGAGAUUCUAAACUCUGUUUGCUACCAAGGCACCCAUUGCUAAAACAGUCUGUGAUCAUGUGCUCUCAGGAGGAUCAUAUAUUUCAGCUGUAUAGUGCCAAUUUAUGUGCCAGUUAUGUUCCAGGUAUAAAUGAAAGUGUUCUAGUAACACACAGAGAUAAUUAUCAGACAUAUCUGCAGAUGCCGGUUCCUCCACUUCAAACGAGUCAGCCAACUCCACCUGGAAAACGUCACACUGUUGGCUCUGUGCUUACAAAUGAUGGCCAGCAAAUGAGGAGGGACAAAGUAAAUCAGGCUGCAAGAAGGCAUCGAAGGAAAAGGAGACGUUCCAGAAAAUCCAAGAGACGCUAUUAUUCUACGACAAGGCAGGAUGCUAGCGUCAGUAACAAUGUCUGUGAAGAAAAGUUUAAAAAUGGCCAACCAACACCCGAUAAUGUCUUUCCAACUGUUCCAUCUGCGCUUAUUAAUAUUACAGCAGCUGGUAUUUCAUCCCUGGGUUUCGGCGAUCAGUAUGCUGCGGUGACUCACAACAUCCAUGAAGAGAAGAUGAAUAACGGCCAACCAGCACCUCAUACCGUCUUUUCAACUGCUCCACCAGUUCUUGGUAAUUUGGCAGCCCCUAGAAUUUCAUCCACGAGGACCAGAGAUCUGUAUGCUACUGUCACUCUAAAUGUCCAUGAACAGAAGAUGGAAAAUGGCCAACCCCAAACUGAUAAAGUCUUGUCAACUGUUCCACUAUGCCUUGGCCAUAUGACUGCAGCUGGUAUUCCAUCCAUGAGUAUCAGGGAUCUGUACGCUACCAUCACUCACAGCGUCCAUGAACAGAAGAUGGAAUAUGUCCAACCAGCACCUGACAACGUGUUGUUGACACUUCAGCCAGGACUUAUUAAUAUGGCAGGCGCUGGUAUUUCAUCCAUGAGUACCAGGGAUCUGGAUGCUACCGAAACUUAUAAUGUCCUUAAGGAGAAGAUGGAAAAGGGCGAACCCCAACAUGGCAACAUCUCAUCAACUGCUCCAAUAGGACUUACUAAUGUGGCAGGAGCUGCUAUUCCAGCCAUGAGUACUGAUGGUCUGUAUGCCACCCUCAGUCACAAUGUCCAUGAACAAAGGAUGGAAAAUGACCAACCACAACAGGAUAACGUCUGGCCAAAUAUUCUAGCAUGGUUUAAUAAUAUGGCAGGAGCUGGUAUUCCAGCAAUGAGUACCAGGGAUCUGUAUGGUACCAUCUCUCACAAUGUACAUGAAGAGAAGAUGGAAAAUGGCCCAUCCCAAACUGGUUUUACCAUUGCUCAAAAUGUCUGUGAAGAAAAGAUAAAAAGUGACAAAACAACACCUCAUGAAUUCUUGUCAACUAUUACAGCAGGGCUUAGGAACUUCACAGAAGCAGAUGCUUCAAUCACUCACAAUAUCCCUGAAGCAAAGGUAAAUAAUGGCCAACUAGCACCUCACAACGUCUCGUCAGCUGCUCCACCAGGUCUUGGUAAUAUGGCGGCAGCUGGAAUUUCAUCCACGAGGACCAGAGGUCUGUGUGCUACUGUCACUCAAAAUGUCCACAAAGAGAAGAUGAGAAAUACACAACCAACAUCUAAUAACGUCUUAUCAACUGUUCUACCAGAACAUCUUUAUUUGGCAACAGCUGGUCUCCCAGCCAUGAGCACCAGGGGUCAGUAUUCUACCAUCACUCACAAUGUCCAUGAGGAGAUUAAAAAUGCCCAAACGGCACCCAAUAAUGUCUUCUCAGGUAUUCCACCAGCACGUAUUAAUAUGGCAGCAGCGGGUGUUUCUUCCAUGAGUACCAGGGAUCAGUAUGCUGCAGUCACUCAUGCAAUCCUUGAAGAGAAGAUAAAUAAUGGCCAAUCAGCACCUGAUAACCUCUUGUCAACUGCUCCACCAGGUCUUGCUAAUAUGGCAGCAGCUGGACUUUCAUCUACGAGGACCAGAGAUCUGUAUGCUACCAUCAUUCAAAAUGUCUGCAAAGAGAAGAUGGAAAAUAACCAACCAACACUUAAUAACGCCUUGUCAACUGUUCUCCAAGGACUUCCUUAUUUGGCAACAGCUGGUCCCCCUGCCAUGAGCGCCAGGGAUCAGUAUGCUGCAGUCACUCACAAUGUCCGUGAAGCGAAGAUAAAUAACGGCCAACUAGCACCUGACAACGUCUUGUCAGCUGCUCCACCAGGUCUUGGUAAUAUGGCAGCAGCUGGAAUUUCAUCCACGUGGAACACAGAUGCUACCAUCACUCAAAAUGUCCGCAAAGAGAAGAUGGAAAAUAACCAACCAACACCUAAUAACGUCUUGUCAACUGUUCUCCAAGGUCUUCCUUAUUUGGCAACAGCUGGUCUCCCAGCCAUGAGCACCAGGGAUCAGUAUUCUACCAUCACUCACAAUGUCCAUGAGGAGAAGAUUAAAAAUGCACAAACAGCACCCAAUAAUGUUUUCUCAGCAAUUCCACCAGCACAUAUUAAUAUGGCAGCAGCGGGUGUUUCGUCCAUGAGUACCAGGGAUCAGUAUGCUGCGAUCACUCACAACGUCUAUGAAGCAAAGAUAAAUAAUGGCCAACUAGCACCUGAUAGCAUAUUGUCAACUGCUCCACCAGGGCUUGGUAAUUUGGCAGCAGCUGGAAUUUCAUCCACGAAGACCAGAGAUCUAUAUGCUACCAUCACUCAAAAUGUCCGCAAAGAGAAGAUGGAAAAUAACCAACCAACACUUAAUAAAGUCUUGUCAUCUGUUCUCCAAGGACUUCCUUAUUUGGCAACAGCUGGUCUCCCAGCCAUGAGCACCAGGGAUCAGUAUGGUGCAGUCACUCACAAUGUCCGUGAAGCGAAGAUAAAUAACGGCCAACUAGCACCUGACAACGUCUUGUCAGCUGCUCCACCAGGUCUUGGUAAUGUGGCAGCGGCUGGAAUGUCAUCCACGAGAACCACAGAUGCUACCGUCACUCAAAAUGUCCGCAAAGAGAAGAUGGAAAAUAACCAACCAACACUUAAUAACGUCUUGUCAACUGUUCUCCAAGGACUUCCUUAUUUGGCAACAGCUGGUCUCCCAGCCAUGAGCACCAGGGAUCAGUAUUCUACCACCACUCACAAUGUCCAUGAGGAGAUGAUUAAAAAUGCCCAAACGGCACCCAAGAAUGUUUUCUCAGCUAUUCCACCAGCACAUAUUAAUAUGGCAGCAGCGGGUGUUUCAUCCAUGAGUACCAGGGAUCAGUAUGCUGCAGUCACUCACAAUAUCCAUGAAGUAAAGAUAAAUAACAUCCAACUAGCAACUGACAACGUGUUGUCAGCUGCUCCACCAGGUCUUGGUAAUAUGGCAGCAGCUGGAAUUUCAUCCAGGAGGACAGGAGAUGCUACCAUCACUCAAAAUGUCCACAAAGAGAACAUGGAAAACAAGCAACCAACACCUAAUAACGUCUUGUCAACUGUUCUCCAAGGACCUCCUUAUUUGGCAACAGCUGGUCUCCCAGCCAUGAGAACCAGGGAUCAGUAUGCUAUCGUCACUCACAGUGUACAUGAGGGAAAGAUUAAAAAUGCUGAAGGAGCACCCAAUAAAGUCUUCCCAACUGUUUCCCCUACACAUAUUAAUAUGGCAGCAGCUGGUGUUUCAUCCACGAGUACCAGGGAUCAGUAUGCUGCAGUCACUCACAAUGUCCAUGGAGAGAAGAUGAACAAUGGUCAAAGAGCACCUGAGAACUUCUUGUCAUCCAUUACACCAGGGCUUAUUAAUGUAUCAGGAGCUGGUACUCCACCCAUGAGUACCAGGGCUCAGUAUGCUUCCAUCACUCACAAUGUCCAUGAAGAGAAGAUAAAAAACGGCCAACCAGCAACUCAAAACUUCUUGUCAACUCUUCCAUCAGGACUUACUAAUAUGACAGGGGCUAGCAUCGUAGCCAUGAGUACCAGGGAUCUGUAUGCCACCAUCUCUCACAAUGUCCAUGAGAAGAAGACGAAUAAUGGCCAACAAGCACCUGAUAACUCCUCAUCAGCGGUUCCACCAGGGCGUAGUAAUCUGUCAGGAGCUGGUGCUUCAUCCAGGAGUAGCAGGGAUCCGUGUGAUUCACCAGUCACAGCAAGGUCUCCGGUGGAAACUGUGCCAAAUACAGCACGAAUAUCUCCUGCUAUGGCAAAGAAAGUUAAUGAUGAUAUAAAACAUCAAUUGAUGAAAGAAGUUCGAAGGUGUGGGCGAAAUUAUGAAAGAAUUUUCAUUUUGCUUGAUGAAGUACAAGGAUCUAUGGAAGUCAAGAAACAACUUGUUAAAUUUGCCAUUAAGGAAGCAGCAAGGCUUAAAAAUUUUGCCUUAAUUCAGCAACUCAAGAAGGUGCUAAAAGAGUAGAUUCCCACUGCCAUCUCAGCAAAGUUAAGCACAUGAGAAAAAAUAAUUGUGUUAAUGCAAAUACCAAGGAGAAACAAGGAUAUGUGCUGUAAAGUGGAGUAGGUCAUUGCUGAAGCUUCCUGUAAUUUUGAAGUGAAGAAAAUUCCCUUCCUGAAGCUAAGAAAAGA